GCGGGAGUUUUGAACGUUGGUGCGGGCGGCUGGAGAUGCAGCGCUGCCGGGGACCUUGGGCCACCUGCCCGGAGCAGGAGGAGCCGGAAUGCAGCAUUCAAGAAAAGAUUGACUUUGAAAUCCGCAUGCGAGAGGGAAUUUGUAAACUGCUUGCAGUGAGCACCCAAAAAGACCAAGUGCUGCAUGCAGUUAAAAACCUGAUGGUUUGCAAUGCUCGCGUACUUGCCUACAAGACAGAACUACAGAAACAAAAAGAAGAACCAGUCAGGUACAGAACAGGAGGAGGGUGUUCAGAUGUUCGGACUAAAGAGCGUGCAGCAUGUAGAGGAAAGGUUGCCAUAUCAGAUAUUCGCAUACCAUUAAUGUGGAAAGGCUCUGAUCACUUCAACAGUAAAGAAAGAUCACAGCGCUAUGCAAUUUUUUGCUUAUUCAAAAUGGGAGCUGAGGUUUUUGAUACAGACAUGGUUAUUGUGGAUAAAGCAAUAACUGAUAUCUGUUUUGAAAAUGUAACCAUAUUUGAUGAAGCGGGGCCAGACUUCCAAGUAAAGUUUGAAGUGUAUAGUUGCUGUACAGACCAAUCUUCACCUAUAACAAACACUCCUAAGAAGCUAGCCAAGAAGCUUAAGACAUCCAUUGGUAAAGCUACUGGAAAGAAAAUCAACUCUUUGCUAGAAGAAGACAACCUUGAAUCCUUUUCAUUCACUGACCCAAUCAUACCUGGUGCAAAAUACAGUUUGCUGGCACAUACCACUUUGGGGUUGGAGAGUGCUGAGGACAAUUUCAGGACCCACAACCUUAUCGUUACAGGGAAUGAGGAAUCAUCGUUCUGGCUUCCCUUAUAUGGAAGCAUGUGUUGUCGUUUAGUUGCUCAGCCAUUCUGCAUGGCCAAGGAUGUGAUGUCAGGAUUUCUUAAUCAGCAGCAAAUGGUAGGAAGCCUGACUGACUGGAGGAGGCUGUACUGUGUAUUAAGAGGUGGUAAACUCUUUUGUUAUUAUAUACCCGAAGAAAUUGAAGCUAAAGUGGAGCCAGCUUUGACAGUUUCCAUCAAUAAGGUAAAUUUAACAGUUUUUCACAUAGUCUUAUUUGAGUCCCAAGCUGACAAGCUGCAAAGUACUCUCAAGAAAACCUUUGAAGAAACGAGAAUCCGUGCUGUGGAUAGGGGCACCGAGAAAAGAAUUAAUAACUUUACAGUUACCAACCCUGUGGAUGGAGAGGCUGUGACUCAACUUUUUGCAGCUGACAGCAGGGAGGAACUUCAUAAGUGGAUGGAAGCUUUCUGGCAGCAUUUCUACGAUCUUAGCCAGUGGAAACAUUGUUGUGAAGAAUUUAUGAAAAUUGAGAUUAUGUCACCACGGAAACCACCUUUGUUCUUGACAAAAGAGGCAACCUCAGUCUACCAUGAUAUAAGUAUUGAUUCUCCAGUGAAACAUGAAGGUUUAACAGAUAUCAUGCAAAGGAAAAUUGAGGAGACUGAUGGAGAGUUCCUGAUUGGCCAGCAGAAGAAGUCUGUACCUUCUGUAUGGGCCCCAUUAUUUGAUGGUUCUCACCAGAUGCUUGUCCAGAAAAAUAUUGUGUUUCCAGAUACAAAUAGUGAGAUAGUAAGUCCUAAUGAUGGCAAAGGAAAGAAAAGAAGAGCUCCACUUCCACCAUCUGAUAAGCUACCAUACAGCUCAAAAACUCAGAUGAGCACAGAUCAGUUGGACAAGGAAAACUUGUGGAAGAAGCCUACCAUUGCACGUAGGACCUCUUCUUCUUUUGAUGCCAAGUUAUCUUCCAUGAUGCAUCAGUUGCAGAGGCCCAUUGCUGCUUCUCGCAAACUGGUUCCUUGCAGGAAAACCAGCUCAAUUGACAGUGAGAAUCCUCUCUCUUCAGUUACUGAGACAGAGUCUGAAACCAAACCAGUGCCAGCUCCUAGACAGAAAUCCAUCAAAGAAAUAUUAGACCCUAGAUCAUGGUUGCAGUCACAGGUGUAACAUUUAGUUUAUAAAUGUGACCAACAUAUAAAGUUCACUAGUAUUUGACAUUUAUCAGUGACCUGAGUCUUUGAUAAGAACUGGGCCAUUAUAACUAUUUUUAAUGUAUAUAAUUCUAAGCCUAUACUUUGUAUUGCAAUCUCAGCCCUGCUUGUCACUGUCAAGAUCUAAAGUAUUUCUCU